AUGAUCCCAAAUCCCUGGACGAUGAGUCCCGAAGCAUUGGAGUACAUCGACACGCUUCCUCCCGAUGAACAAGGACCUUCACUCGUGGCAUAUCAAAGCUACUACUACAACUCCAUGAAGGUGCCUUGCCUUGCAGCGUUUGCCAUGUACGGUCUUUUUGUGGUUUUAAUCUUGGCAGCUGCCUUCAACAAUUUACUGGCGUGGGCUGCACAAUCGCUGCACAAUCACCUCAAGCAUAAACUUCGACUCUUCCGAGCAUACCUCUGGGAGCAUCCUCUGCUCAGCCGCAAACAUGCCACCGUCGUUACUCUGCCUGGUCUCCGCUGGCUCACGCUUCACCUUCCACUGCGAGGCGAAGGGAUGGUCAUCUCGGGUCUUUUCUUCGUCAACUUUCUACCGCUCGUCGCAUUCUACAAGCUGCUGGAGCCUAUUGCAGGCUCGACGUCGAUCGACAGCAAGUCGGCACAGAUCUGUCGUGCGUUGGCAGAUCGCACUGGUGUUCUGGGAGCCGCUCAGCUCCCCUUGCUUGUCCUCAUGGCCAGUAAGCGCACACCUCUGGCUAUCGUCUCUGGUCUCGGACAAAAUAGCUUGAUGCUUUAUCAUCGCUGGAUCGCUCGAUGCUUUUGGGCUCACAUCUUCAUCCACGCUGUGGCGUACACUGUCGUCUAUGCCGCGUAUCCGGACGGCGUGAAAGAGAUGCUCGCCGAGACUUACAUACGGUGGGGCAUUGUCGGACUCGCCAUGGGCUUCGGCCUGAUAAUCUUAUCUCUUCGAACACUCCGCGAACGGCACUAUGAGGUGUUCGUCAUGCUGCACAUCCUUAUGGCAGUCUUUGCAAUCCUCGGUACCUACUUACACAUCGCUUUGAUAGACUAUGGUCCGCUUCAAGCGUACGGCGUCGACGCGGACUACACCAGGCUUCGCAUCUCGGUUCCGGCGAGUAAGCUUCGCUUUGCCGACCAGCCGCCAACUCUGUUUCGAGGCGUUGCAGCGGGGGACGAUGUCAGAAUCACGAUUCCACGCUUGCAGUGGGUGGGCGAGCAUCCCUUCACUGUUUUCGCGACCGGCAUUUCGAAAGAAGAUCCGUCUCGAGGCAACAUUGACCUUCUGAUCAAGACUGAAGGAGGACUUACGCGCAAGCUCGCUCACCACGCGGUCAAAUCGAACAAGACGAACGACGUGGACAAGGACAUCGAAAAGAUCGACGCAUUCGCCGAUCAGCCCAGCAUUGCCAUUCUGAUCGAAGGGCCCUUUGGAACGGCGCCAGAGAUCGGCGAGUCUACCACGGAGCUCGUAUUGGUGGCGGGAGGAAUCGGUAUCACUUUUUGCUGGCCGCUCUUCGUCGCAGCAUUCACUUCUUGCCUGAGCGCCGUUGACAAAUCAAGUCUGAACUCGUGCAAGCUGGUCUGGAUCGUUCGACACGAGAGCACGCUCACAUUGCUUGCUGAGGCAUUUGAUGACCUUGUACAACAGGCACAGGACGAGCAACGUUUGAAAGGCUGCCGGUUUAGCAUGGACGUCUUCGUCACCUCGGCCACCACGGCGGCCCUGCCUGAUCCGGUCGCACUGGGCUUGAUAAAAAAGGAAGAGUCCAGCACCGCUCAAGAUGGAGAAAUCUCGACCCCUCGAUCCGAAUUCGAGCUGACCGACAAGGUCGCUGUGCUUCCAGUCUUGUCGCACGUCGCAGACGAGAUCGACGACAACAAAGGACAGGAGAAGCUGUUCCGAGGCGGCGUCGAGGGCGAUUUGGUGAAGGUGUUCCGAUUUCACGGGCGACCUCGUUCGUUGUCGUCGUCUCUGUUUGGACACCUGGACGAGAGGCUGCUGGCGCGCAAGCACGAUCGAACGUUGAAGGUAGCCUUCUGCGGGCCAUCCAGUUUGUGUGACGACGUCAGGUACGAAACUAUUGGCCUGCUCAAGAGGGGAGUCAACGUCGAGCUGGUGGAAGAAUGCUUUACUUGGUAA